AUGAUAUUUAUAAGUCUGAAUUCAAAAUUGGAUGAAUUCACAGUAUGUGAUUAUUUGACGUUAGUGAAAUGCUUUAUAAAUAUAUUGGACGAAUGGGCGUGGACACUUUAUGAGUUAAAAGAUAAUGUGGUAACGAUAAAUGAAGGACAAUGCGAGCAUUUAAGGCAACUGGAUCUUUGUAUAACGGACAGUGGUCCAGCAAAACAUGAAUGUGAUCAUAACGAAAUUGUGGCUGCUUCAAAUACAGUCAGUGAUCUAUUGACGCAUCGAAAAAAUUCGGGAAGUUUCCUGAGAAGUUACUAUUUAUUAACUUACGCUUGCUCACAGGAAGGUCAAGAUAUCUUGAAGGAGCAUCGUGAGUGUCUAACCGAAGAAAGGAUAGGCGAAAUGACGCUAAGUGCUGGAACAUAUCUUUCCGAGAAGUUUUUAGAGCAUCCAGACGAUGAAGUUUGUGAUGAGGUGAAUAAAAAGUUACAAGAAUACAUAAAUGCCAUGAAGGGAAUAUGCGAUUCGGAAAGUGCACAGAUGAUAAUGUGUAAGAGUUUGAGGAAUAUGUUCAAGGGGUUACAUGCUGACAAGUUGCACAACUGUCAGUUCAAUUGUGCAAUUCCACAACGAGAGAGUGAACAAAGCGAAACCGAAGCAGCUGUCGAAGAAGUGGCCAUACCUCAAGUGAUAUCUGAUGAGCAGAAUAUGAUACCCGAGAGUAAUCCAUUGAAUUCGGCGAGUAACCACCACUCAUACCUCUUCGUUACAAUAGCAACGUUGAUGGUGCAGCAUUUGACAGUGUUUGUGAUCGCUUCUUAA